GACUGUUGACUGUGUCAGUUUGAAACUGAGCACAUUGUGAUGCCAGUUUCUCAGUCUCCGUGUUUUGAUCUUUUCGCUGCUAGCGGAAUCCGUCUAGUUGAUAUCGUAGAAAAUGUCGUAUGUUAUACGUCAACAACGGCUCUCGAUAAGAUUUACACUAGUUUCAUUUGUGACUUGCCAUUAUUUCAUUCUGUUUACAAAUCUAGUUCUGCCGUAAUUUUUCUCAAAGUUCAAGUUAUUUGUUCCGACGUAGUCAUUGUUCUCGCAAAUGCUGAAGCUUUGGAAAUUCUUCAAUUCUCACACACGUCUUUAAAGUAUCCAAAAAGGACAAAUUUUAUUGAAUAUCUGUCACGUAGCCCUCCAGUUCUACGAAUCGAUCCAUCUUUCUCUUGCGUUGUUAUUGGUGAUGAGAAGCAUUUGAAAGCAUGGCAUCUCAAGGAAACUCAAAAUAUUGUAGUGUCAAUGGGAUCGCAAUCAACCAGUAUUAAAAACAUCAAUUUUCAUAGCUCUGUUCCACAAUAUGCUUUCGUGCUUACUGAUGACCUUUCGUGUAGAAUUUGGGAUAUACAAGCUUUCAAACUAAUACAUGCCAUAAGUCUUCAAAAAAUCACUGCAUUUAGUUCAAGUUUGAUCAAUAAUUGUAUUCCACUAGGCACAAAAGAUGGCCAGAUCCUAUCUUUCUGCCCUCAUUCUCUCCAAUGCAUUCGGUUGUGCUCACUUCCUGAACCUGUAGUUAAUAAUGAUGUUGGACUCAGAAAGGCUAGUUCGAUCAUGCACCCAACAAGUGAAAGGUCGUCAUGGUCAAAAAAUGCCGACUUUAAUCCAUCCAUUUCUAUAGAGUUCUCAAAUGAAAUAGUUGCCUUUACAACAGUGGAUUUGAUAUCUCCUCAUUCCGACAAUGAUGUACAUAGGGCUUCUGGACUCAGAUCCACUUUAUCAAUCAUCCUGUCACGUGCCAGAUUAUACAUAUUGGAUAUGUCCAAUCAUAAUGUUAUGGCUAGCUGGAGUUGGAUGGAUCUUAAGCUUUCUAACUGGAACUACAUAUACAACGCAGAAAUUACUAGCACCUCAAAUGCUGUAAAUUUUUGGAUUCGCGGUAAGAAUGACUCUGUUGGAUUUUUUACCAUUCCGUUGGAAAAUGUUUCUGCAACAAAUGUAUAUGAAAAUAUUUCAAACAGUUCUCCAUAUCUAUCAUUUAUUGCCAAAUAUGAUCUGUUAACGAAUUCUGUGUUGAAUACUUGCAACAAACAUCAACCCCUUCAAAAUAAUGGCAGUAGCAGAAAUAAAAGUCAAUUUUCAACAUUAAAUAAAACAUUAGACAAACCAGUCACAUUUGGACAUAAAAUCAAAUCUUCUGGUUAUGCGAAACAAGAACCAAUGCGUAAAAUGUUUCAUCCUUUGAUUUAUGAACGUUCAAAACAAAGAGAUACUUUAAACUUAGGAAAUGAAGGGAAGCUUACCAGAAAACUAACUAAAUCUUAUCCAAAUACUGAUGAACUUCCAAAUGUUCUCCAAAUAAGUGGAUAUGUCGACUCUUCUAAUACACCAAUCUAUAAAGUUGCCUAUUCACCUAAUGGCAGUAGCUUGGCAUCAUGUUUGGGUAAUGGGAUUUGUCUGAUUACUCGACGUGAUCAAAAUACAUUGGAACAAAAACGAAACAAGUUAUUUCCUUCAGCUGAAGCAUUACGUGGCCAUUUAGGUCCUAUUCUUUGGGCUUCUUGGUCGACGGAUAGUUGUUUGUUGCUAACUUGUUCAUCGGAUCGAACUGCCCGUAUUUGGAGAAUAGGUGUAAAAGGAUUGAAUAAAAACGUGACUACCAAAAUUGGGUCAGUAACUCAACUUAUAUUCGAUUCAAUACACAAAGGAGCUACAAAUGAUUAUGGAGAAAAAGUUAGCCUGAAGAAGAAGAAUACAUAUUGUCCUGUACCAUUUGAAGAUAAUAUAUCUAUUGGAAACUUUUAUUAUAUGGAUUCAUUUGUAUAUUUAGUGAGUAAAAAUAUAAUUCGUUUGUAUACAUAUACAUUGUCAAAUAAUGAGAAUAUUCUAAAAAAAAGUUGUGCCAAUAACAGUUAUAAAUUAGUUGGUGAAUUUCCAAUAUCCACUUGUAAUCAAUUAACUUCUGUGGCAUCUGUAAACAUUUUCUAUUCAUACUUGUUGGUGUGUGCCGGAUCAGAUCGACGUUUAUCCAUUUUAGACUUAAACUGUGGACAGGUUAUUCAAGAAAUUCAAUCUGCACAUAAUAAGUGUAUCACAGGAAUUGCAUUAAAUCAGGGAUCGCUGUAUUCAAGCUUCAAUGAUUCAAUACAAAAUACUACAACACUUGGUACAGGAUAUACAGUAUAUGCAACAGUGGCACCAAAAGAUUGUGUACAAAUAUGGGACCUUAGGGAAAGUCGACAUCCUGUAAUGAAAUUGACUAGACUUUCAUCUGAAAUCUACUCAAGUGGAUCAAGUAGAAAUACUCUUAUUCCACCUGUAACAGCAGUGUUUAGUCCAUGUGGAACAAAAUUGUUAGUAGGAGGUACAAUGGAUGUGAAUCAAUCAUCACCUGUUAUAUGUGAUGUACGAAAAGCUUGCUCACAUCCCCUGGCUAUAUUAAACCACGAAGUACGAACUAAUAAUAGCCCAGCUACUGUAGUGGAUUGGAAUCCGUCAAAGCCCGAAGUAUCUACUGGAUCUCAUGAUGGUAUACUCUCAAUCUAUGGAAUUCAUAGAACCCAAGUCAAAUAUACUACAUAAUUUAUGACCUCUUAUUCCUUCAUAACUUAUUUCAUAAACUUAAUUUCCUUCCGGCCAAUGUUUUAUAACAAUAUUGUUAAUAAAUAUCUUUUUGAAUUGAAUUAUAUGUAUAUAUGUGUAUCAUAUUCAUUAUCGAAUGCAUGAAACUUAACUUUAUCUUAUAUCAAUUUUAAGUAAUCAUCAACAUUCGAUAACUACAGUUUAUUAUAGAAAUGAUAAUACUCUUUGUAUAUUGAAUAGUUCUUAUAUGCUACAUAAUUGUUGUACAUUACCUUUCGCAGUAUGUAUACUCUUUGUAGAUGAAAUACAUUAUUUUUUGGAU